AGCCGGGAGCCCUACCUUCCGCAGCCCAAAAUUUUCAUUUAUUGUAUCGGGAUUAAAAAAGAUAUCGAUGGUUUUUUAUUGAAAUUACGGUGGCAUAGUGGAAUUUUGAAAAUUAUGGGGGAUUUUGCGAGUACCAUAAGGAGCCUGUAUUCAAUUAAAAAGUUUUUUAAUUUUAAAGGAAAUUCUUCAAAACGUCAUACAAAACGACCAACAAUGUUCUGCUUGGUCUAACCGUGAACAAAUGCAAGCAGUUAAUGAAUGGUUGGAACAAAUGGCUACACAACAAGACGAAAAUAAUAAAAAGAGUUCACAUUAUGGAACUCGUUUUAGUCCAUUGAGUGAAAUGCCUCGUUUGGAACGUUGGUUUCGCUCAGAUUCAAAUCCUUCAAGACAAAAAUUAAUUAAUUAUAUGAAUAUUUUAAAUUCUUCCUCAUUUCGUCGUGUAAACAAUAAAGUAACUUAUCAACAAAUUUGUAAUUGGUUUGCAAAUCAGAGGAGAACAAUGCAACGUUUAGCAGCACAACAACAACAAGCUCAAGCAGUACAAGCAACACAACAAUCACAAUUACAGCAACAACAACAAAGACAAUCUUGCUCUUCAAAUUCGUCUUCGUCUGGAACUGCUGUAAAUGGAAUUGUUGGAAAUAAUGGAAGUGGAGGAGGACCUUUAGCUAUAUUACCGUUAAAUGCCACUGGUGUUGGUAAUAAUAGUAAUAAUAUUGCUGCUGUUGAAAAUCAAGUUCAAGAACAACAAUCACAACAGAACCAGUCUUGCUCUUCCGCUUCAUCUCCAGGAGUUGUUGUAAAUGUUGGAAGUAAUGGAGGAGGAAUUCAUUCAAUGAAUAAUCAACCUUUGACUACUUUAAUGACUUCAAAUGCUGUUUCUAAUGUUGGUGGUGGAAAUGGAGGAGGAGGAAAUAUUGAAAAUCAGACUUCACUUAAUCAUCAACAUCAUCAAAAUUUAAAUAAUAACAAUUCCAACACAAAUUUAUUUUAUUCAUUAGCAUCAGCACUAGCAACAGGUAAUAUGGAUACAGCAAUUCAUUUACAACAAAAAAUGGCUUCACUUUUUGCUUCUGGAUUAAAUAAUUCAAAUAAUAAUUGUGAUGGAAAAUCUGUGGAAAAUGACGAAAAUAAUGUACAUAUUCCUUUAGCAAAUGGUCCUCCAAUUGUUGAUAUUCGUUCAAAAUUUGUUGAUAAUAAUGGAAAUAAUUCUAUGGAUUUUUCUCACCAACAAUCUUGUUCUUCUACAAAUGAUUCUAAUAAUAACAACAAUUUUUCUUCUGCUUAUUCAUUAUCUGCUUCAAAUAACAUGGCAAAUAAUAAUACAGCAACAGCUUUAAUUAAUAAUGUUGGUUCUUCACCUUCAUAUUCUUCUAUUUCACCAAUAAAAUUAGAAUCUGGAUUACUCAAUUUUAAAUUAGAAAAUGAAUUUUCUUCUCCACCCCCACAGCAACAAAAUAUUGAUGGACAAAAUAAUGUUGGAACAAAUGGUGGGAAUGGUAAUUCUGCUAAUCAAUCUAGAUCGAGAUUAAUGUUUGAUCCGUUGAGUGAAUUGGUUUGUUUUCUUUAUUGAAAAAAAAUUUUCAAAUUUAUUUUUGUUGUUUCGUCAGUCGAAAGGGGUUAGAUUGCUCGAAAUCUGACCCGAGAAACUUUCGAAAAGCCCCAACUCACACACCUUCU